AAUUAUUUUAAUAUAAAAAUGAAAGUAUUUUUCCUAUAAGAAUACACAAACAAAGUAAAUUCAACUCUAUGGUUCUUGUUGUUUACAUAUCUGUGAAUAUCUUAACCACACUUUUUUGAAAAAUUUCAGCUAAUUUGUCAAAAAUGUAUUCCGUUCUUUUGAAAAAAGAAACUGCACAUGAGGAAAGUAUAUGGUGCUGUACAUGGGGCAGGAGGAAAAGUGAAAAGAAAAAAAAAGCCGAUGAAGGAGGAGAUGAUGAAAAAUCCAGGGAUUCAAUAGCAUCGGAUGAUGGAGGACACACUGAUUACAUUGUUACAGGAGGGGUUGAUGAUUUAGUUAACGUUUGGCAAUUGAAAGACGACAACCUAAAACUACAUCAUAAAUUGGAGGGUCAUUCUUUGGGAGUUGUUUCAGUGGCCAUAAGUAAUAGUGGAAAAUUAUGUGCCUCAAGUUCAUUAGACUCCAGUAUGAGAAUUUGGGAUUUAGAGAGAGGAGAAAAAAUUGCAAAUGUAGAAUGUGGACCUGUCGAUUUAUGGACUGUCACAUUCAGUCCAGACGAUAAGUAUAUAAUUUCUGGAUCACACGCAGGCAAGAUCACUUUAUACAGUGUGGAAACAGCAAAAGCAGAACAAACCUUUGUAUCAAGAGAAAUAUUUAUUUUGAGUAUAGCAUAUAGUCCAGACGGCAAGUAUAUAGCCAUCGGAGCCAUAGAUGGAAUCAUAGAAAUAUUCGAUGUAGCAAACAGCAAAUGGUGUUACACUUUGGAAGGUCAUGCUAUGCCAGUCAGAACACUCUGUUUUUCUCCUGACUCUCAAGUGCUCCUAACAGGUUCUGAUGAUGGACACAUGAAACUAUAUGAUGUUCAACAUGCCACAGUUGUCGGAACACUUUCAGGUCAUGGAUCGUGGGUACUGAGUGUGGCUUUUUCUCCAGAUGGCAAACAUUUUGUCUCGGGUAGUGCUGAUAAGACCGUGAAAGUUUGGGACGCCAGUACCAAGCAGUGCAUUCAUACUUUCGCAGAACACAACGAUCAAGUUUGGGGGGUAAAGUUCAGUCCAGACAGCAGCAAAAUAGUAUCAGUCUCAGAAGAUAGAACAAUGAUCAUCUACAGUUGUCCUGUAUGAUUUUUUGUAAUAAAUUACACCUACCUUUUUA